AAUGCGAUAGGACGGCAGCGGGGGCCCGGUCCGCGCCUUCGGCAGAGUCGCGAGGGCUUUUUAACGGACGCGCGCUCUUCUCCAGUUUCCCCCCCGAGCGCCCGACGUGUCGGCAGUAGACGACUGUGCCUUUGCUGCCCCGGGAUCAGCCUGUCAUGUUCAGACGCAGCUCCAAGAGGAGAAAUUCCACCAGAUCGCUGAACCCUGCGGGGGAGCCCCAGAGAGGACAGCCCUGUAUCACCUGUGGAGAACAGUGUCCUGGCUUUGCCCUGCACGAAUGGAGGAAGAUCUGUGUGCACUGUAAGUGUCGCCGUGAGGAGCAUGCAGUGCCAGCCAUGCCUGUAGAGAUGGAGAAGACGGUCACCAAGCUGAUGUACGACUUCCAGAGGAACUCUACCUCAGAUGACGACUCUGGCUGUGCCCUGGAGGAGUACGCCUGGAUACCGCCAGGACUCAAACCUGAACAGGGUGUGCUCCAUCAGCUCCCGCCCCACGACAAUGAGGUACGUUACUGCAACAGUCUGGACGACGAGGAGAAGCGAGAGCUGAAGCUCUUCAGUAACCAGCGCAAACGGGAGAACCUGGGCCGCGGCAAUGUCCGUCCGUUCCCCGUGACUAUGACCGGGGCAAUCUGCAAACAGUGCGGAGGCCAGAUAAAUGGCGGCGACAUCGCUGUGUUUGCAUCACGAGCGGGUCACAACGUGUGUUGGCACCCCGCCUGCUUCAUGUGCAGCACGUGCAACGAGCUCCUGGUGGACCUCAUCUACUUCUACCAGGAAGGGAAGAUCUACUGCGGCAGGCACCACGCCGAGAGGCUGAAGCCGCGCUGCACUGCCUGCGAUGAGAUAAUUUUUGCAGAUGAGUGCACAGAGGCAGAGGGGCGCCACUGGCACAUGAAGCACUUCUGCUGUUUCGAGUGCGAGACGGUGCUGGGGGGCCAGCGCUAUAUCAUGAAGGAGGGACGGCCCUACUGCUGCUCCUGCUUCGAGUCCCUCUACGCCGAGUACUGUGACUCCUGUGGGGAACAUAUUGGUAUUGAUCAAGGCCAGAUGACAUAUGAUGGGCAGCACUGGCAUGCCACUGAGGGCUGCUUCUGCUGCGCCCGCUGUAAACGCUCUCUGCUCGGUCGGCCCUUCCUGCCCAAGCAGGGCCAAAUCUUCUGCUCACGCUCCUGCAGUCUGGGGGAGGAACCCAAUGGUUCUGACUCCUCUGAUUCAGCCUUCCAAAGCGCUCGCUCCACCAGAGAGUCCAGACGCGGCUCCAAGACAGGGAGGAGUGGAGGCGAAGGGGGUGGAGUGCAGGCAGAGAGAUUUUCAGGUGAGGUGGACCCACUGUCUUUACAAAUGGAUCUUCUGAGUCUCUCCAGCCAAACACCUAGUUUGACUCGCGAGCCGCCGGCCUGGCAGAACCAGGAGCAAGCAGAUGACCCUUAUAAUUAUGAAUCCCAAACAGACCCAACUGCUAACCCCAGCCCUCUCCAGCUUCUCAGCCAGUGCAAUGUCAGGACUGCCUAUAAUCCCGCCUUCUCCGGGCAGAACAAUCAACAGCAGGAUCGCAGGAUCAAGGAGAACGCAAGUUUUAAGAGACCCCCCAUCACAGCCAUGAAAGGCCAUUCUCUGAAUGAGACGUGGUUCCAGCAGCCAGCUCCAGAGGAGUACUAUCCACCCAAGCUGAGGACCCAGAAGAGCUUCACUGAGGUUUCCCAUUGCUCUCAGAACCUCAAGGGCUUCUCCUCUGACAAGCGCUCGAUCAGUUUGCAUGGAUUUCAGAGGGACAGAGAUGCAGGGCCUCCAGCAGCAACCCAGGCAGCGAGAAGCAGGAAUCCCAUCAACGCACUUAACUUCACAGAACAAUUGACCCCUCUAGAGCAGACCCCAAGAGGAUCCAUGGAGUCCCUGGCCUUGUCCAAUGGUACAGGAAACUCAGCAGAUGGAGGAGGAAAGCGUCAGGAGCACCUUUCUCGUUUCUCCAUGCCAGACCUGAGCAAAGACUCUGGAAUGAACGUGUCAGAGAAAAGCAACAUGGGCACCCUCAACUCCUCAUUGCAGUUUCGUAGCUCUGAGUCCAUUCACAACCUCACCACCAGUCAACCCUAUAUGGAAAUGGAUCCCCCCAGGCCCUCCCAGUACAAGGUGCAGUAUUGUGACCCUCCUGGCAUGGGUGGGGGUAGGGGCAUGACUCAUUUACCACCUGGCUUCACCUUUCAGGAAGAGGAUAGGGUGAGUUUGGUGAGCAGUGCCAAUGCCGCCCGCUUGCCACCCAUCAGUGAGCGCAGGGUGGGUGGUAUUGGUGGUGGAGGAGAGGGUGGUAGGGGAGCAAGUACCCGGUUAGAUGCCACAGUUGAGAUUCCCCAAAGACGCCGGCACCACCACCAUCGCUCCCGGAGAUCGCGUCGUUCUCGCUCAGAAAAUGCUCUCCACUUGGUGGCAGAGAGAAGGGCUAGACCUCAAGAAAGACCACAGUUGCGUGUCCAAGAGGAUUACGACCGUUUUCCGCCACCAAGGAGCACCAGGGACCAGUUUGGAGUAGGAGGAAGAGGGGGAAGAUACCAGCCCCAACUCUUCAGGCAGUGCCCCAGAACCACUUCAGACCUGACACUACAGAACCCCGGGGCCAUCCGCUGCACUGGCUUGAACCAAUACUCCUGGGAUGAUUAUGACGACGAUGAUUGGUGCUCCACCUGCUCUUCAUCCUCAGAAUCAGAGGAUGAAGGUUACUUUCUGGGUGAGCCGAUCCCCAGACCCAUCCAGCUGCGCUACCUCAGCAACCAGGAGCUAGUCCACAAGUACAACAACGCAGGGAUGGGAGGACCCAACCGUAGUGGGCAGUUACACACCCGCAAACGCAGAAAAAGCAAGAACUGCAUAAUUUCCUAACAUCCUGACAUUUGGCACAGUAAAUGAGUUUUUCUCCACGUUGUGUACACUAAUAUUUUCCAUCUGGUACAAAAAAAACAAAACUCACAGUCCAUUUAUUCAGUGUUGUUGAAUGUUGAAUAUUAUGUAAUUGAAAGUCAGUGAUGAAUUACAGUUGGUCAACAGUGAAAAAGCAACGAUGUUUGCAUGCUCAUUCAUUGUAAUGUUUCAGAAUAUCUCCUGAGUAUUAAGGCUGAUACAAUUACAUGCGCAGUUCUAUCAAGUCACAACGUUUAUCAAAAGCUGAUGUGCAAUUUUUUAUCAUAACUUAAUUUCCAUGCAGGAAACAAAUGUGCAAGGUAGUCAGUUUGGCACAGUUUAGCUUUUUCAUGCAAUGUGAUUUAGAUAUAGGAUAUACUGUAUUAUUGUAUUCAUUUCAUAAUAUGUACAUAGAUAAAUGAAUUAAUAAUUUCACUUUAAGUUAAGGAAGUCAGUGUAAAUAUGGUUGUAAAUGAGGCCUCACAUAUUUUUAUAUUUGGUAUGGAUAGAAUCAUUUAUGUAUUAAAUAUCUAUAAUGUAGAGAUAGAAAAUUACAAAAACAACAUAUGCAUGUUUUAUUUGGCUGAACUGGUCCUGCAUUUGGAAUAAAGGAGUAUUUCAGUGA